CUUGUGAAAACCGACAAUACUGACGUCAAAAAUAUUUAACUAUUCGGAAACAUCGAGCCGAAAGCGCAAAAGAUCGGAUGUGAGUGGUGGCGUUGGCAACACGUCCAGGACCAAGUGCCUUUCCUCGUCUCCAGCAAGCCGUGGGAAGUUUCUUUCCCCCUGAAAACCAUCUGACACAUAUGAUCUGCUCCAUGCACACUCAUACUGGACCACUGGGGAUACUUACAUAUCCAUAGAUUGUAUAACAGCCAAGAGAAGACAAGGCAAGGACGUGGAUCGUGUAUAAACUGAAGGGUUUGGGGGUGCAUGCAUAAAUGCCAAGAAAUUGCAUUAGGGAAACAUCGCCCAAGGAAAACGAGAUUUUUUUGUGGAGGAUGGACCUGCCAAACAAGGAGAGACGGUCACCGGAGAAUGGCCCAAACUCACCGAGGGGCUGUUGCUCAAGCCUCAAGAUGUUCCUCGUGGCCUUGUCCUUUGCCUAUUUUGCUAAGGCAUUAUCUGGGAGUUAUAUGAAAAGCACAAUAACCCAGCUGGAAAGACGCUUCGACAUCCCCAGUUACUUAAUAGGUGUCAUUGAUGGCAGCUUUGAAAUAGGUAACCUGUUGGUGAUCGCCUUUGUGAGUUACUUUGGUGCCAAACUUCACCGGCCGAAGAUCAUCGCCAUUGGCUGCCUGCUGAUGUCAUUAGGCACUUUUCUAAUUGCCUUGCCCCAUUUUAUAAUCGGACGCUACAAGUUCGAAACAUCGAUUAGAUCGUCAGUGAACUCAACCAGUAACCUCUCUCCAUGUCCAGCAAGCUCUGCUAGCAUUAUAUCCACAGGUCCAAGCACAUCUUCAGUACUGAGCCCAGGUUGCGAACAGGAGUCCAGAUUGUCCAUGUGGAUCUAUGUGUUCUUGGGGAAUAUCUUGCGUGGAAUUGGUGAGACCCCAGUGCAACCUCUGGGAAUCUCAUACAUAGAUGAUCAUGCUUUGGAGGAAAAUGCUGCAUUCUACAUUGGAUGUGUCCAGACAAUAUCGGUCAUUGGUCCCGUGUUUGGGUACCUGUUGGGGUCCAUCUGUGCCAAGAUAUAUGUGGACAUUGGAUUUGUCAACAUGGAAAGCAUUAGCAUCACCCCAGGAGAUGCUCGCUGGGUCGGUGCCUGGUGGCUGGGGUACCUCAUUGCAGGGCUCAUCACCCUCCUGUCCGCCGUGCCGUUCUGGUUCUUGCCCAAGUCUUUGCCCCUGCCAGAGAGACGGCUUGCCAAGUAUUCUCCUGAACGAACCAGCUUCAUCAAAGACUCGCCCCUCCUGGAGCACAAGUACCAAGCAGAUGAGCCAACAAACUUCCUAGAAAUGGCCAAAGACUUUUUGCCAACACUAAGAUCCCUACUGGGGAAUCCAGUCUAUUUUUUAUAUCUGUGUGUGACCAUCAUCCAGUUCAACUCUUUGAUCGGAAUGGUGACAUACAAGCCAAAAUACAUCGAGCAACAUUAUGGGCAGUCGGCGUCCAAGGCGAACUUCUUAAUGGGAGUUAUCAACAUCCCAGCUGUAGCCUUGGGAAUGUUCUUGGGGGGCGUUAUCAUGAAGAAAUUCAAGCUGAGCAUCAUGGGAGCAGCCAAGUUCGCGCUGGGAACGUCUCUCCUGGGCUACUUCCUGUCGCUUUUCUUCUUCGCAAUGGGAUGCGAGAAUGCCAACGUGGCGGGCAUCACCAUGUCAUACAAUGGGAUGGAGAGUCUUUACAAGGUGGACAGUUCUCUGUUUGCGAGCUGUAACGCGGGCUGCGAGUGUCCUGAAACAAACUGGGAUCCCGUGUGCGGUGAGAACGGCUUCACGUAUGUCUCGCCCUGCUUGGCUGGGUGCCGGGGGUCCCACGGCUCUGGAAUGGACACAGUAUUUGAGCAGUGCAGCUGUAUAGCAACCGGGAAUCAAACGGCUAGUGCGGGCCAAUGCAACAACAGGGAGAGUUGCCAGCGAGUCUUCCCUUACUUCCUGGCUCUGUCUGUCAUCACUUCCUUUAUCAUCUCACUGGGCGGAACGCCAGGAUACAUGCUGCUCAUUAGAUGCAUCAGGCCACAGCUCAAGUCAAUAGCUUUGGGUUUUCACACACUGGCAACACGUACACUAGCUGGAAUUCCAGCUCCUAUAUACUUUGGAGCCAUCAUAGACACCACCUGUCUGAAAUGGGGUCACAAGAAAUGUGGUGGGAGAGGGGCCUGUCGUAUCUACAACACGACUGCCUACAGGAUAGCAUAUCUGGGCCUGACCCUGGGGUUACGGACCGCUUCCUUCUUCCUGUGUGUGCUGGGGCUGGUGGUGUUACGACGGCACGUUCAAAAGCAAGAACGCAGCACGCUCGCCAACGGAGGCACGGGGGCCGUGGCCGGUGAACUGCAGGCCCUGAAGAAGGAAGAAAGAAAUGGCUCUAGCUCGGACCAAUGCCCACGAACCUCAGAUUACGACCCACAGCGAGAGACCCGUCUGUGACACACACAUAACAAACAUGCACACACGCCCGGCGCAGGGAGCAACAAGGCCAAGAUCCAGCAUAUUUUAUUCGUUAUUUCCAUUUGAUCUUUGGAAUCAUCUUUCUACUGGACCCAUGUAAAUGACGUGAAAUAAGAAAAAGAAAUUGUUGUUUUGAUAUAGUGAAAUAAUUUCUUGAAUGUGACUGCUGUUUUUCAAAAAAAGAAAAGAAAAAAGAUUGUCUUAAAAACGACCUGAACUAUUUGGUUUCAAAACAGAGAUGCUUUAGAAGUAUCUUUUAAGGAAUGUUUCACCCAAAAAUAAAAAUUGGAACGUUUACUCACCCUCAAGCCAUCCCAGAUGUGUAUGACUUUCUUUGUUCUGCAGAACACAAACAUAAAAAUUCUAAAAGAUGUUUUGAAGAAUAUUUCAGCUCUGUUGAGCCAUACAAUGCAAGUGAAUAGUGACCAUAACUUUAAAGCUCCAAAAAGCACAUAAAGGCAGUAUAAAAGUAAUCCAUAAGACUCCAGUGGUUUAAUCAAUGUCUUCUGGAGCAUCUCAUUGGUUUUUGAGGGAGAACAGACCAAAAUGUAACUCCUUUUUCACUGUACAUCUUGUCAUUGCAAUCUUAAGGCAGGAUCGUUUCAUUCACUUGCAUAGUAUGGACUUUCAGAGUGGAGAUUUUCUUCUAAAAAUCUUCUUAAGGGUGAGUAAAUGAUGAGAGUGUUCAUUUUUGGGUGAACUACUCCUUUUAACUACAGAUGCUGACUAUGCCAUCCUACUAGAAGCAGUGAAACAUUGGAUGUCCUCUCAUUAAAGGUGAAGUGUGAUUUUAUUUUUAUUAAUUUUUUGUAACACUUCAAGAGCACCUAUUAUGGUUUUUAAACGUGCCUAAUUUUGUUUUAAAGGUCUCAUACAAUAGACUUACAUGCAUCCAAUGUCAAAAAAACACUUUAAUUUGCUAAUAAUUUAAAUUGCAGCAUUACCUUUUUUUUCCCAGUGUCAAAAAUAACUCGUUCAAUGAUCAGUUCUAAAGGAUUCAUUCUAAACAACUUUCAGAAAGCCUACUCUGCUCUGAAUGGUCAGAUGUCCCAGUCUGUUGUGAUUGGUCUACAGCUUAGUUUAGUGUUUGAUGGCGGGUCAAAGCUGUUCACGAGCAGCCAAUGAAGACCAGAGGCGGGUUUUUUGUAACCAGAUUACGAAGGUUAGUACAGGAAGUAAGCCUGGAAUUACUGACGACUCGUUUCAGGUGUUCAGAAUCGGUUCUUUCAUUUUUGUGUUAAUAACUCCAUUUGUCAUGCACUUUGAGUUUUGAAACUUUGCAGACUUUUUUACAUUCACAAACAGCUAUAUAACACACUACAUGAAAGGUAAUAUUUGAAAAACCAUAAUAGGUGCUCUUUAAGUAAGCCAUUUGUAGUUUAAGUCCCCUGAAAAGUGUAAACACUGUGGUUCUACGGCACUAUUAAAACAUUGCUCUGUUUUUUUGAGCAUGUACACCGCAACAUUGGCUCAACCAAUAGUGUGUUUGGGGCAGAGCUUUGAAAUGUCAUUAUUUUUACGAUUCCAUUUGGUGCCACUAGGGGUGCAGAAAAUGCACACUUCACCUUUGAAUGGACCUUAUUUACAAUAGCGCCAUCUUGAAUUUUUGACUUUGUACAAGGAUGUACAGUUGUUUAGUUUUUAGGAUUAUUCUGCAGUAAAAAAAUAAAUAAAUAAAUAAAUAAAAAAUCUUUCCUAGACAAUUCAGUAGACAAAAAACUCCAUAAAACAGGAGUUGUGGAAAAUGAUAUGUGAUCUAUGAGCUUUAUACAGUGCAUGCCAUUAAAGACACUAAGUCUAUCCCUCACAGCAAGCCUAGUUUUCAUUCAUGUCAAAAAUCUAAUAUGGUGCUACCGCGAAUAAGGUCUAUGCAGACGCUGACUUCACCAUCCAAAUAGGGGCAGUGAAACAUUGGAUUUCCUCUCAAUAAAGCCAUUGAAGUGCACAGGUCCUAUGAGGAAUAACAAGAUUAUACCUUUUGGGCCCAGAUCCACAUCCAAUCGUAACUUUCUCUUAUGCCAUACACACAAAUUGACCACGACACUGUGCUUAAUAUAGGUAGACCUUGGAAUAUGGGCGACAGGUUGACUACAUUAAGGAUAUCCAUGAAGGUCUCAAAUUGUGUCUCAUUUGUUUCUAACAUAUGAACCAUUAUCAGGAAGGGAGCGUACUGAGCAGUGCACUAAGAAAUGCUCACCGUUGUGCUUUUCCGUGUCACCUGGCAGCAGUCCCUCCCAUUUAAGAAAAGCGUGAGGAAUGGUCCCGUACUGUGGGUUAUCGAACAGGUGCAUGAUGCCAUGGGUAUGUAAGUAAUCAUCUACAUGGUUGAUGUUGUAUAAUGUGUGUGUAUCUCACUUUGAGAGACGUUGUGUACAUGUCGUUACGUGAGAACAGGUUCCUGUGCCAAAAAAAGAGACCAAAGAAGUGCAAGAAAGUAGUCAACAUGGUCUACUCUCAGGUUGUUCAAUCAGUUGUUCCUCAAAUUUGCAAAUAAUUAUUCUUUUAUAUACUUGUCUGGUUUCAGCUGGCAAAAGUUUUUCCUUUGUUCUUGGCACUAGAGGUUGGCUCUUGAAGUAUUUGUUCAUUUUGGGCAAUUGAAGUUUACCAGUAACAACUAAAGAAAGAAUUUUUAUUUGUGACUUGUAAAGCGAAUAAAAUGAGUGGCAUUUA